GUGAAAUUGUGGUAAAUGAAGUCAAUUUUGUGAGAAAAUGCAUCGCAACAGAUACAAGUCAAUAUGACCUGUGGGGCAAACUGGUUUGCACUAACUUCAAGAUUUCCUUUAUUACGGAUGAUCCUAUGCCAUUGCAGAAAUUCCAUUAUAAAAACCUUCUCCUUGGUGAACAUGAUGUCCCGCUAACAGGCAUUGAGCAGAUUGUCACAGUGAAUGACACCAAGAGGAAGCAGAAGGUCCUUGGUCCCAAUCAAAAACUUAAAUUUAAUCCAACAGAAUUAAUCAUUUAUUGCAAAGACUUCCGUAUUGUCAGAUUUCGCUUUGAUGAGGCAGGUCCUGAAAGUGCAAAAAAGGUGUGCCUUGCAAUAGCUCAUUAUUCUCAGCCAACUGAUCUGCAGCUCCUCUUUGCAUUCGAAUAUGUUGGGGAAAUAUAUCAUAAUCCAGCAAAGAAGGUGAAUGGAGUAGACCCAGGAGGCGGUGGCGGCGGCGGCAGUGCUCAGCAGACACCUUUGUUUGAAACUUACUCUGAUUGGGAUAGAGAAAUCAAGAGGACGGGUGCAUCGGAGUGGAGAGUUUGUUCAGUCAAUGAAGGCUACAUGAUAUCUACUUGCCUUCCAGAAUACUUUGUGGUCCCAUCCUCCUUAGCAGAUCAAGACCUUAAGCUAUUCUCUUACUCCUUUAUUGGGAGACGAAUGCCGUCAUGGUCCUGGAGUCACCCUAAUGGAAGUGCACUUGUAAGAAUGGCCAACAUCAAAGACGUGUUGCAGCAAAGGAGGAUUGAUCAGAGAAUUUGUAAUGCAAUAACCCGAAGCCAUCCCCAGAGAAGUGAUGUUUACAAGUCUGAUUUGGACAAGUGUCUCCCCAGUAUCCAGGAGAUCCAGGCUGCACAUAUCAAACUCAAACAGCUGUGUGUUAAUGAGCCUUUUGAAGAAACAGAAGAGAAGUGGCUGUCCUCACUGGAAAAUACUCGCUGGCUGGAGUACAUCAGAUCAUUUCUUAAGCAUUCUGCUGAGCUCGUGUAUAUGAUGGAAUGUAAGCAUGUCUCCGUAGUUCUGCAAGAGGAAGAGGGACGGGACCUGAGCUGUCUGGCUGCUUCUCUCAUUCAAGUCAUGCUGGAUCCCUAUUUUCGAACCAUUGUUGGAUUUCAGAGCUUAAUACAGAAGGAAUGGGUCAUGGCAGGAUAUCAAUUUUUAGAUAGGUGUAACCACUUAAAGAGAUCUGACAAAGAGUCUCCUUUGUUCCUGAUGUUUCUGGACUGCGUGUGGCAGCUGCUCGAGCAGUACCCAGCAGCCUUCGAGUUUUCCGAGGUCUACUUGACCGUGCUGUACGACAGCGCCCGUGUCUCCUUGUUUGGCACUUUCCUCUUCAACUGUCCACAUCAGCGGGUAAAGGAAAGCACGGAAUUUGCCAUAAGCAAAAACAUCCAACUGGGUGAUGAGAAAGGCCUCACAUUUCCUUGUGUUUGGGACUGGUCUCUUCAGUUUACAAGCAGGGACCGCCUGCUCUUCCACAACCCGUUGUACAUCGGCAAGAGCGCGCCGUGCGUGCACAACGGCGCCGUCAAGACCUUCAAGCGCUCCAAGAAAAACUACAGUUCAACCUUGCGAGGUGCCCCCCCAGCACUGAAGAAUGGCAUCAUCAGUGAGCAGGAGUUCCUUCCGAGAAGAAACUCCUUGAUACUAAAACUGAAACCAGACUUUUUACAGCAAGCAGAGAGUCAGAGCAAUAGCAUGGAGCAGUACUUCAGAGACUGGUUUGCAAAGCCUGCUGAUCUGCAUGGCGUCAUCCUACCCCACAUCUCUGGAACACAAAUAAAACUGUGGAAACUCUGCUACUUCCGCUGGGUUCCCGAGGCCCAGAUUAAUCAUGGUGGCUUCAUCACUGCUUUCCAUAAAGUCUCUUUGCUGGCUGAUGAAGUGGACAUGUUAAACAGGAAUCUUCGACAGUGCAAGAGCAACGCUUCUUCGCAAGGUAACUGCUCGGAGCUGGAUCAGAGCAGGAUGUACUUCAGAGCAAACGGUUUGAAUGACACUUCUGGAGCGCCAGACUUUCUCUCCUCCUCAUUCCCCUUUUCUCCUGUAGGGAACCUGUGCAGACGGAGCAUUCUGGGAACACCUUUAAGCAAAUUUUUAAGUGGUGCCAAAAUCUGGCUAUCCACUGAGACACUUGCAAACGAGGACUAAGACAAUGUGAGGCUUUAAAGGUUUGGGGAGAAUAGAGCAGAUCAUUUGUCUUUUCUAAGUUAACACUGCUAAAUGCGGCAUUGGAAGCUGUAAUAAUUUUAUAUACGAAUAUUACGUAAGUUUUGCACAAAUAUUUAAAAGCAAAGCGAAUCAUGCUUCAAAUUCGCACAAUUUUGUCUUCAGUACUUCUAAUCUACACGUCUUGUUUGGUUUCUGGUCCUUAAAUCCUUUUAUAUAUUCUCGGUUUGGCUCAU